AUGGUCAGUGGUGGCCAGUCUGCAUCCUGCGAAAGGAAUACAGAUCGAGAAUCUUCAUAUCCACAUUAUUCUACGGUAUUAAAUCUGAAAGGCAUUGAGUUUCCAAUGACACUGCCACAAAUUAAAAAGUUUGAAAUUCUCAACAAAAUCUCCAUUAAUCUAUACUGCAUCGAGGAGAAGAAAUUAUCUAUUUUUCCUAUACGACUCACCGAACGAAAAAUGGACAAACAUAUAAAUCUGCUAUACGUGCAGGAUGACAAUGUGGGACAUUUUGCGUUGAUAAAGAAUAUGUCCCGUCUCAUGAGUUCACAACUCAGUAAGAAAAAGAAUAAGAAAUUCUUUUGUGAUCGAUGUCUACAUUAUUUUAGUUCGAACGACAAGUUGGAAAUUUACACUAUGGACUGUGGAAAGAUAAACGACUGCGCUAUCAUAUUACCGAGCGAAGAUGACAAAUGGCUGAGCUUUAAAAAUUACUGUCGAAAGGAACGAAUGCCGUUUAUCGUAUACGCCAAUUUGGAAUGCAUCCUGGAGAAGACUGAGGAUGAGAAAAAUUAUCAGCAUCAUCGAGUAUUUAGCAUAGCAUAUUAUGUACACUGUGCGUAUGACAAUUCGCUAUCAAUGUAUCGGUUUCAUAGCGAUAAGAAUUGUAUCGCGUGGUUCGUCGAGCAACUUAAAGAUUUAGCACAAAUUGUAAAUAAUAUUCUGUCGGUUAAUGUUUCCAUGGAUUUAACGCAAGACGAUUGGAAAAAAUUUAACAACGCUACACACUGCCACAUUUGUAAAAAAUCAUUUACAAAUGAAAUAGAACGGCCAUUACCAUACAAAGAUUUUCGAUGGGUAGAUGACGUAACAAAUUUUAAUUUUAUGGACAUCGCGCUAGAUUCUCCAACAGGUUACAUUCUUGAAAUAGACUUAGAAUAUCCACAACAUUUACAUGAUGCGCACAUUGACCUACCGUUCUGUCCAGUGCGUGAUAAACCGCCCGGCAAGCGGCAGGACAAGCUCCUCGCAACCUUAUACGAUAAGAAACGUUACGUCAUACAUUAUCGUAACCUGCAGUAG